AUGAUUGACUGUUCUGAGCAAACGAUAAAAUACCCAGCGCCUUUCCGUACGGCUCUGUUAAAGACUGAAAGCUCGGAUGGUUCUUUAAAGCCAGAGGUUCCGUUGUUGCCAGCAACAUACCGGAGGAAUUACAAAAUCGAGCCCGUCGGCAACGAUAUUGGUGCGUUUCUGGAUAUCGAGCUGAACGUCCGCCGACUGAACGAUGUUCACAAAUGGCUCUGGCUCGUGGGCCUUCCAAGCGCGCCGCGACCUCUCCAUUAUCAAGUCGUAAAAAAACGGGAAAUUGUGGUGACGGAGCAGUUAGACUUGCAUCUCGUUUGGUCUUCGUCGUCGUCUUCGGCAUCAAUUCUGCUCAAACCACUGCCGCGGUUCCUUCUCUGCCCGACUUUCUGGGUCACGGAGAUCUGCCCACGUCGGCAGUUGUACGAGACGGCAUUGGGCUUCUUGCUGUCGUAUGUCGCGCUUAUCGAGAGAGAAGUUGACUACAAUCUAGCCAUCAACCACGGCCUCGUCCCUAAAGAGGUCACUUGGGCUGGAUGGCUGACGCUCGUUGAUGAGGUUGUCCGCGGCUCGGUACAGACGCAUAAAGUUGAUGCCUCGGCUGCAUCGUCUGUAAGCUUGCUAGAGGACCGUCCAGGCGUCAACCAACGCUUCAACUAUGGCGAAUUACGACUCGGGCGGCUAAACUGGAUAUAUCGCUUGACCAUGGGCGAGUUGCGCGGGUACCUGAGCGGCUGCACCACGUAUGGAGCCUUUAUGCGUGACAACGUUAACAGUCUUAUCACGCUAUUCGCAUACACUACCAUCGUGCUCUCCGCGAUGCAGGUUGGGCUUUCGACAGAGCCUCUCGCAAACGAUUACUCCUUCGGCAUGGCGUCGUACGUCUUCUCACUGUUUUCUAUCCUGGCUCCACUCGCAUGCAUUGUCGCUAUUCUUGGCGUUAUAGCCAUGAUGUUUGUCUUGAAUCUGGCGCGCACGCUGAGGAUUCGAGGGCAGAAGCGGCGUCAAGGUGUGAAGGUGUGAAAGCUCGACCCGACACGCGCCUGGCUGCUGGGAACCACGACACGCUGCGGGCCGACAGCCA